AUGGAUAUUCAACAGCUACCAUUGUUGUAUCUCUACGUGCUUUUCUCCUUUCUUCUUCUCGUCGUUUCUCUCUCCCUUUACAACGCCACCAAGAGCACCAGGACGCCCAGAAACCACCUGCCACCUGGAAAAACCGGUCUCCCGGUCAUUGGCGAGAGCUUCCAGUACCUAGCCGCCGGCUGGAACGGCCACCCGGAAAAGUUCAUCUUCGACCGCGUCGCCAACUACUCUUCCUCCAUCUUCAAGACCAAUCUCAUGCGCGAGCCCACCGUCGUCUUCUGCGGCGCCCUGGCUCACAAGUUCCUCUUCUCCAACGAGAACAAGCUCGUCCAGUCAUGGUGGCCGACUUCGGUCAACAAAAUCUUCCCCUCUUCGAACCAGACCUCGUCCAAAGUGGAGGCCGCCAAGAUGCGAAAGAUGCUCCCGUGUUUCUUCAAGCCGGAGGCCUUGCAGCGCUACGUCGGCGUAAUGGACUCCAUUGCGCAGCGCCACUUCGCCGCCUACUGGGAGAAGACGGACCAGGUCGUCGUUUUCCCGCUCGCCAAGCGCUUCACAUUCUGGCUGGCCUGCCGGAUUUUUCUGAGCAUGGAAGAUCCCGGUGACAUCGAGACGUUCUUGGAGCGUUUCAAUCUAUUGGCGGAGGGCUUGUUGUCGAUCCCGGUGGACUUGCCGGGGACGCCGUUCCGGCGGGCGAUCAAGGCUUCCGACUUCAUCAGGAACCAGAUGCUUCUGGGCAUCAUUAAGAAGAGGAAGACGGAGUUGGCGGAGGGGAAGGCGUCGCCGACGCAGGAUAUUCUGUCACACAUGCUGCUCGCCGCCGACGAGGAUGGGAAGUUUAUGGCGGAGAUGGAUAUUGCGGAUAAGAUACUGGGGUUGUUGGUCGGCGGCCAUGACACUGCAAGCUCUGCCUGCGCUUUCAUUGUCUUCUACCUCGCCGACUUGCCAGACGUCUACCAAGCAGUUCGCGACGAGCAAAUGGAGAUUGCGAAAUCCAAAAGGGCAGGCGAAGUAUUGAACUGGGAUGACAUUCAAAAGAUGAAGUAUUCAUGGAACGUGGCGUGUGAAGUGUUAAGGUUUGCACCGCCGGUGCAAGGAGCUUUCAGGGACGUCUUGGCUGAUUUCACGUACCAGGGCUUCUCCAUUCCAAAGGGUUGGAAGGUCUAUUGGAGUGCAUAUUCGACCCAUAAAAAUCCUGAAUAUUUUUCCCAACCAAACAAAUUUGAUCCUUCCAGAUUUGAGGGCUCUGGACCUGCUCCUUACACAUUCGUGCCAUUCGGUGGAGGGCCUAGAAUGUGUCCUGGAAAGGAAUAUGCUCGAUUGGAAAUACUUGUAUUCAUGCACAAUCUUGUGAAGAGGUUCAAAUGGGAGAAACUGAUUCCAGAUGAAAAGAUUGUUGUCAAUCCUAUGCCUAUCCCAGAGAAGGGUCUUCCAAUUCAACUCUUUCCCUAUAAAAGCUUGAAGUAA